AUGGAUCAACCUGGUGCAACGCCUAGCUGCUCAUCAACGCUGUUGAAACUAUCCUGCUUCAUCAACGUCUCUUCAUUCACGGGAGCCCCAAGUCCCAAGUCUCCCAACAAUCGUAGUGAGUCUAGUGAACAGACACCAACCUCCAAGAUAGAGGAAAACCUUGUUAAUUUAUUCAGCAUCAAUAUCGUAAAUUGGAUGGGAUCUGAUUUUCGGAAGAAGAUUAUCUGCAGUUUACUUGGACUUGGUCAAAUUCGGAAGCGCAAACCAGUAAUAAACCAAGAAGGGGCAAUGGUUUUGUGUCUACAAAGGAAUUAUGUCCCAAAGGGCGCAAAAGUUGGCCCCGGCUAUAUGAUAGUUUGUAAAUGUUGUGGCAAGGAGGGUGGCCAUGGCGAUGACGAUGAGAACUGGCACAACACUGAAGACUGCCCCAAAGAGCGAGUUAGAUGGGUAUUGUUUCCGUGGCAAGAGGAACACAACGAGCACAAGAGUGAAGACUGCCCCAAGAAAGAAGCCGCGUGA